CAGUGCUCCUGGUCCAGGGACAGUACAGCAGGUUUGAAGGAAUCACCUAUCCUGAGCCGGUCCAGUAUUCCCAGUAUGAUCAGCAGUCAGAAAUUCAGGAUUACUACGACUAUCAUGAUGUCACCCCCCGUGCCCCUGAGGAGCAGUUUCGCUACCAAUCCCAGCAGCAAUCCCAGCAGGAAACUGUGCCAGCUCCAACCCCAGCUGCUGCUCCUGAGACUGAGCCCACAGAGCCAGGACCCCUCGACUGCCGGGAGGAGCAGUAUCCCUGCACCAGGCUCUACUCCGUGCACAAACCCUGCAAGCAGUGCCUGAAUGAGAUCUGCUUCUACAGCCUCCGCCGGGUCUAUGUCAUCAACAAGGAGAUCUGUGUCCGCACCGUGUGUGCCCACGAAGAGCUGCUCCGAGCUGAUCUGUGCCGCGACAAGUUCUCCAAGUGUGGGGUGAUGGCCACCAGUGGCCUCUGCCAAACCGUGGGUGCCUCCUGCGCCCGCAGCUGCGGUGGGUGCUGA